AUGGGAAUUAUGGAGGAUUCGGGUGAUCUGUCAGUCCCCGACGUUCCGUUGGCACAGAUCGAGGACGAUGCCGAGUCCAACUCGUCGUUCAAUACAAAGUAAGUGGCAGCGGUUGUGUAAAGCGCAUGAUUAAACCCCACUUUUACUGUUUUGGUUUUCAGUCUUUCGAAAACAUCAAUGCUUUACUUUUUGUUCAAAGCUUUUCGAACAUAAACGGCAAACUUUCCGGAAUCUAUGACUUUUUGCAGAAUUUACGGACAUUGAAGAAGUAAACAAGCUGUAAAUUUCUGCAUACAUAAUUAUGAAGAUAUGCGUUUUUCGUUUUCGACCUUUGCGCGCAAUGUUAAGGUCACAAAAUCAACAUCUUUUUCGACUGAAAACCGCAUUGAUUUUUUUAACGUUUUUUGACGUAGGUUUUAAAGUAAAAAACAGUUUGAUAUUUUUUAUUUGUAUAAUAGAUUAUCCCGAUAGCGUGCGAGCCAAAUAAGACUUCAGAAGCAAAUAAAACGUUCGCAUUUUCUAUCUUGUUUUGGCACACUCAAUAAAUUGUAUCUUUAAGAAGCGGCGAUCAGCUGUCCGGCUCGAAUAACGGCCUGGGGGAGCAUUUAUCAGUCUCUUUGGAAGACUUGGUAGAACAUUUCGACCAGAAAAUUAACAACGUUCUCAAAGACCUCAACGAAAACACCAACCAAAUGGCGCCCGUUCAGAUUCGUACACAAGAUGAGAUUAUGUCGGAAAGCCAGGUUUGGUGGACGUUAACCGGAAACUACGGCAACAUUCUGCCAUUGGACUUUAACAAAAGUCAAAUUAGGAAACAAGAAGUGGACGUGCUAUCUUUGGACACACCUAAAGCGGUAAGAAAUCCUGUUUGCAGCGUUUCAAACAUAUGUUUUUCCUCUAAAGGCUUCUUAUUAAAUAAUGUUUAUCAGUCCAAACUAAACUUUCCUUUUAGUCAGAUGAAGGGGCCCAUUGUAGCGAGGAAGAAAGCCUAGACGAAGAAGACCUAAGGCAAUCGAUGGAUCUACACCAAAUCAUCCCUGAUAAUAAUAGUCUAAACAGCGAUCACAUGCCAGCUGCUGACCAAGUCAUAGAAGAAAUCGAAGAGAUGAUGCAGGUAUGCAUAUUUAAAUAACCAUAAAUGUUAACUAUGACAUUUUUGAAAUAAUUGUUAUAUUUUUACCCUGUUUCCUAUGUUUUUUUAUGUUUAUCAACCAUGUUUCAGACUUGUGACUUGAUGAGGUCGAUAACAACAGACAAGACGGAAAGUGUGGACAGUAUGUAUUCAUCAAUGCGAUCUCCGUUCAUUUCCCUUCAAGUCGAAAGUGAAUUGAAACAAAAACAUAUCGAAGCCCUCAGUUUUUCAAAAGAAGGUAAGAUGACAACAUUUUUGAUUGAUCCUCUUCAAAAUUUGACAUUUUUAUGAUCAACUGUUCUCCACCAGAACUUUUUUUAAAAUCUUGGCGCUGUAAACAUUCCAGUUUAUAAAGAGAUCAAUUAAAAAUAAAAAAAACAAGGAAGAAUAGCACGGCAUUAUUAAAAUUAAUAGAUGUACAGUAUCAUUACUAUGGAGCUCUGAAAUCUUUCAAAACAAAAAAUUAAUUCAAUACUAAAGCUUAAACAAACACAAAAAACUUUUUUCAGAUCUAACUCAAAUGUCUCAAAGUAAACUACUAGCCCUAAGCACAGAGAUGGAGGACCUUAUAAUAACUCAUAACUCUGAAUUGGUCUCUGAACUAGCCCGAAGGGACGAACUGGAAUACGAAAAUGAAGUCAAAAACAAAUUCAUCACAUUGUUAGUGGGGAUUCAGGAUCAAAGAAGGAAGUUCUUAAGUGAAAGGAAAAAGAAAAAGAUAACCGACACAUCAACACUGCCUCAGGUAAGCUAACUAAGGUUAACCACUCAUAUUGAUGUUUUACUACAUUAACACAACCCUUAUAAAAAGGACAACGUAAAAUAAGAAAACAUACUUUAGUUCGUGACAGCGUCGAUUCCAUUUGACGACACUCAGCGAUUUCCAGCUCUUCCAACUUUAGAAUCCUUGAUCAAGAUUCUGGAAGCCAUCAAUGAGAAUAAACCUCAGGUCCCCACAUUGCUUACGGAUUACAUCUUGACAGGUAACUAAAAUUGUUUUUAAUCAAAAGUUAUUUUUUUUCAAUUAUUUAUUAUAUUUUAGUUUAUGAACUUACUUUUGGAAAACUUUUACAAUUGUUAAACUUUGAAACAAAGAAUUGUCCGGAAAAAACAGUUUUUGUUUUCGGUCUCCAAAAAAUCUGUCAGCAUUCGUUGAAUUUCUAAGAAACAGAUCGUGUUGACAGCAUUUUUAAAAAAUCUAUAUAAUUAAUCAUUAUGACUAGUUUUCCGUUAAACCUGUCGUUUUGACACAUUUUUAAAGAAAUUUCAAAAAUUAUCUGUAAUUUCUAUUGCCAAGAUCUUUUCAGUGGUUUGUCCAUCUUCAUCAAUCAUCGCCUAA